GGCGGCUCCGCUCCGCUGCGCUCCGCUCGGCGCUGCGGGACCGGACAUGCAUCACUUUGAGGAAGAAUUAACAUGUUCCAUUUGCUAUAGUAUAUUUGAAGAUCCACGCGUUCUGCCUUGUUCCCAUACGUUUUGCAGAAAUUGUCUGGAAGGGGUUAUUCAGCUCUCAAGCAACUUUUCCAUCUGGAGACCGCUGAGGGUUCCACUGAAGUGUCCAAACUGCAGGAGCAUCGUUGAAAUUCCUGCAACUGGUACUGAGUCGUUGCCCAUCAACUUUGCAUUAAAAGCUAUUAUUGAAAAAUACCGGCAGGAGGAUCAGCCUGAGGUCGCGACCUGUAGCGAACAUUACAGACAACCGUUGAACGUUUACUGUCUUUUGGAUAGAAAAUUAGUGUGUGGCCACUGUCUUACAAUAGGAAAACACAAUGGCCAUCCCAUAGAUGACCUUCAAAGUGCCUAUAUAAAAGAAAAGCAGACUUCUGGAAAACUUCUUGAGCAGCUGACAGAUAAACACUGGUCCGAUGUAUGUUUGCUGAUUGAAAAGUUGAAAGAUCAGAAAUCCCAGUGUGAAAAUACUAUUCAAGAUGAUAAAAAGGCGGUAUUGCAGUAUUUUAAGAAACUUAAUGAUAUUUUGGAGCAUAAAAAACAAGCACUGCUGACUGCACUGGAUGAAAUUAAUAAGCACAUCUUGGAAGAGUAUGAGCCUCUAAUUGAAAAGUUGAAACAAAUAAGGGAAGAACAGCUUGAAUUAAUGUCCCUGAAUACAUCUAUUCAAAAAGAAGAGUCGCCGCUUGUUUUUCUUGAGAAGGUUGAUGACUUGCAUCAACGUAUAAAAGUUCUGAAACAAAAGGAGCUGCCGGACAUUAAGCCUGUUGAGAUCUAUCCAAGGGUAGGGAACCUGCUCAAGGAUGUGUGGUCUAAAACUGAAAUCGGCCAGAUCAACAAGAUCCUUACUCCAAAAAUAAAACUGAUUCCAAAAAGGAAGUUAUGCAGCAAAAGCAGUGAAAAAGGAGGAGGAAAAUCUAAAGAGUUAUUUCAAGUUAUAAAUCCACUAACAGUCACGCUACUUUUUAUAAUAAUAGCAGUAACUUUAUUUUCACUACACAAGCCAGUAUCAUCAAUUAUAAUUGAAAUUACUCCCACUUACAUUUCGGAAUUCCUGCUGUUUGUUUAUGAGGAUUUCUGCACCCAUUUGCAGACUGUAGUGGAUGCACUGUGCCAUAUGCUUAAUUUACUGAUGAAUUUUUUAGGGAAAAUCGCCUAUUUUUGAAUAAUGCAAAUAAUUGGAUUGAAGGUCGGUAUAAGAAUUCAUGAUACCCAUUUUAGGCUUCUGCUCAAAAGCUGGGUUGUUAGUAUUACACAUCUUCCUCUUUCCAUACCUUUCUUUUACUGUUGUGUUCAGUUUUUCAUUUCACCUAGGUAGAACAUCUAGAAAAUUUAACUCUUCAUUGAACGAGAAGACUUACAAUGAAGAGGCUCAUAACACUAUGAUAGGUUUGUAGAUAACAAAUAGUUGGUUUUCUAUUUGCUUAAACCAAAAGCUUGUCAGGAAUCAUGUCUGUCUAAGAAAGCUCUAAGCAACUUUCAAAUUAUAACCUAGAAGAGUUUGUUGAAACUCUUCAAAUACCUCCUAUUCUCCCCCUGCCCUUGCUAACCUAGUUUAUGUAGUUUUGUAAUAAAAGCACUACAACACUUAAUGAAGGAAAAAGAAAGAAAAAACAUCAACCCCCAAACAGGUUAGUCUGAGAAGAAUCACUCUGUCUCCAGUUCUGGUGUACAUAAAGCUCAUAUUUUGUAUUUUACUGACCUCUCUCUAAAUGUAUUUUAAUUCAUAUAUCUGUGGUCUUUUWAUCAUGUAUUAGCUGACCUGGGUUUCAUUUUGUUGAUUCCUGAUUAUUAGCGGAUGAUAUAACUCCGUCAUUUAAAAAAAAAUUGUGUCUAAUAGUCUCGUGUCUUUCAAGUAGUUAUCACCAUUUUUCAGAUCAGUGUCUAUAAUACUUCUGGUAAAAUGCUGAAUACAAUUUUUGGUUCCAAGUGUGUACAAAUUAUAUAUAAUUUAGUCUAGCAGGAAGUUCUCACUGCUUACAAAAAUGAGCCCUGAUUUUUUGCAAUAUCAUUUAAUCUGUAGUGAAAAUAGAUAAGUAUUGUAAUAAAUAGCAAAAUGCUCAUUGAAAUCAGUGGUAUAAGGAUGUGAAAUGUUGUUAAGAAGCCAUAAAAUAAUUCGAGAAUGAAUAUAARUUUAUUUUCAGCUUUUCAUCACAAAUAAUGGGGGAUCAUUACAUUGAUGUUGAACAGAAAAGAUGCCAUUUUAUUCUAUAAUCAAAUAUUUAUUAAUGCAGUUGGUUUC